AACAAAUGAAAAGAAUUGUUUUUAGAGAGAGACACACAAAAUUCUCUCUAAUCUUUUUUUUGAUACCAAAGAUUCUAGUAAUUGCUUGGAAACAGAGCGCCUUUUUUGGUUAAUGGAUGAGGGAAUCUAUAGGAAGAAGUUAAAAGUAGCUACAUUAACAAUGUAUAGUUGGUUUUUCACUAUUUUUGCUUUGUGGUUAUAAAAGGCCACCACUUCUCAUUUUGGUUCAGUACUACUACUUCUACAAACCUACAAGUAAUUGUGUUUGGGGAGAGAGAAAGUGAGAGAGAAAGAAAUGGGAGACCAAAAGCCAAGUGGAAUGCUGAGCUUGUUCUUCAUUAAGAUAAAACCCUACUUGGCUAUUGUCUCCCUGCAGUUUGGGUAUGCAGGGAUGUACAUACUCACCAUGGUUUCUUUUAAGCAUGGCAUUAGUAACUACGUCUUCGUCGUGUACCGCCAUGUAGUCGCCUCCAUUGUUAUCGCUCCAUUCGCAUUUCUUUUUGAAAGGAAAAUAAGGCCAAAGCUGACACCCUCGGUCUUCCUGAAAGUAGUAGCGCUUGGUUUUUUGGAGCCAGUGAUUGAUCAGGACUUCUACUUCUUGGGGAUGAAGAAAACAUCAGCAUCAUUUGCAUCUGCCAUUGUUAAUGUCCUCCCAGCCCUUACCUUUAUAUUGGCAAUCAUUUUCAGGUUGGAGAGGGUUAACUUGAAGCAGAAACAUAGUGUAGCAAAGGUCAUUGGAACUUCAAUCACACUCACAGGAGCUACGGUGAUGACUCUAUAUAAAGGCCCCAUCUUGGAUAUACUCGGGAACUCGCAAGGAAGGAACCACCAUAACACCACCACCAGUACUUCUGCUGAUCAGCACUGGGCUACCGGGACGAUUAUGGUCCUAGCCUCUACCUGUGGUUGGUCUGGUUUCUUCAUAUUGCAAUCAAUUACAUUGAAGCAAUACCCGGCACCACUCACUCUGACGACUUUGGUAUGCUUGAUGGGCAUCCUGGAAGCCGGAGUUGUGGCACUUGUAAUGGAACACGACAUUGGCGCCUGGGCACUUGGUUGGGACUCGAGGCUUCUUGCUGUAGUUUACUCUGGGGUAGUUUGCUCUGGAAUUGCAUAUUAUGUGCAAGGCAUGGUAAACAAGGAGAGAGGUCCGGUGUUUGUGACAGCGUUUAGCCCUCUCUGCAUGAUCAUCACUGCUGUUCUCGGGGUCAUUGUUCUGGCUGAGCAAGUUCAUCUUGGAAGUUUAAUCGGAGCCAUUGUCAUAGUCUCGGGUCUGUACAUUGUGGUGUGGGGAAAAAGCAAAGAUUAUUUAAUCUCGAAAGGUGAUCAGAAAGGUAUGCCCCAUGAAUUGCCCAUAGUGGACAGUAGUACUAGAUCAGGCAGUGUUGAUGGAAUCAAUGAGGAACAUGCCAAGAAAUUGAAGACAACAACAGAGAACAAUCCUCCAUUGCAGGAGCCAUGAAAGGGAAAGCACAAUCUCUCUGUCUUUCCAUGUUGAGUUGCAUCUAAAUGUUUUUGCUUUUUUCUUUUUCUUUUUCUUUUUUUUUUUUCUUUUUUUUCCUGAGAAAAUGUUUUGUUUUUCAGUAAUACAAUGAAGGUUGACUUCCAUUUUGGCUUGA